UGAAAUCCAGUGCACUGAAGUUCAAUCUUUACACCUGACACAUCUCAUUUAAUCAUUGAGCAACACAGUCAAUAAGCUCCGCACUGAGACGCAAGCUGUCACAGUUUUCCAGGCAGAGAAGAUACUAAAGGCACAAGCAUGGGAGAGUGGGGCUUUCUCUCCAAGCUGCUGGACAAAGUGCAGUCUCACUCCACGGUCAUUGGGAAGGUGUGGCUCACUGUCCUCUUUGUCUUCAGGAUCAUGGUUCUCGGAGCCGGGGCUGAAAAGGUGUGGAGUGACGAACAAUCAAAAAUGAUCUGCAACACUAAGCAACCUGGUUGUAAAAACGUGUGUUACGAUCACUCCUUUCCAAUCUCCCACAUUCGCUUCUGGGUUCUUCAGAUUAUCUUUGUGUCGACACCAACGCUUCUAUACUUCGGCCACGUUCUGCAUAUCCUCCACAAAGAAAAGAAACUGAGACAACAGAUUGAAAGCCAUGAGGAAAAGCAAGGCCUCAAACAUACCAAAUACACUGACGAUCAUGGCAAAGUUAUAAUCAAGGGCCAGUUGUUAGGUAGUUACCUAGCAAGCUUGUUUGCUAAGAUCUUGCUUGAGGCUGCGUUUAUCGUAGGCCAGUAUUAUAUUUACGGGUUCGUAAUGAUCCCUAAGAUAGAAUGCUCCCAAUCUCCUUGCCCUUAUACGGUCGAGUGUUACAUGUCUCGUCCCACAGAGAAAACCAUCUUUAUCAUCUUCAUGCUGGUGAUGUCGUGUACCUCUCUGCUUCUGAACGUGAUCGAGAUGUUCUACCUGAUAUGCCGCAGGUCAAAGAGACAUCGUAGCAAACAGAUGAGCACGUUCUCGGCAGGUUUAAACGGAUCUAAGAUGUACAUUACAGGAACUUUAAAGUCUACCUAAACUUAAGGCUGCAAAGAUUGAUGUUGUAAGCUUGUCCAUAGCUUAAUGAAUGUAGGGUGUGGGUAUUCAGAUUCAUUGUGAUCAUUUUGUUUUGCGGUCAAAUGAUUAUGUAUUUUGAACAAUGUUUGCACCAGGAUGAAUUUUGAUGAACAUCUGCAUGGUGCCGCAGGGUAUUUCAGGUAAUUUUAUUUAACUUUAACAUUUCUUAAAGUUAUGUCUUGUCAUAUGACUUAUUUAUCUCUUCUUAUAAACCCUUGUUAAACUCUAUUUGUUUUGAAUUGUCAUAAAACACUUAGACAAUUGUUCAUUUAGUAAAUUUACAUAUGUUCAUAUUUUCCUCUCUAUGUUUGGUUAAAGCAAACCACAUGUAACUAUAUGAGAGCAGUGUUAGUAUAUGAUAUUAUUUGUUUUACAAAAGCAUAGCUCACGCUAAUUUUAGCACUUACAACAUUGUGCUUUAAUCAUGAACUGUUUUCAUUAUUUGUGUUAAAAAUUGAAAUAAUGUUACUAUGUUUUUUCUUGUUAAGGUAUAUUAAAGUAUUGCUGAGUAGUGCAGAUCGACGUGUAGGCCUAUAUCAGCAAUUGUUAGUUUCCUUAAUUUUAGCAAAAAAUUAAAGGAGCAUCCAAACAU